UCCUGUUGGCCUGUGUUUUGUGUUCCACUAGACAGCACCUCCGGCUCCGUUCCGGACAUCUCUCCCCUCCAUCGACUGAUGAACUGUCUGAAGGAGAUCCCCAUCCAGAGGCCGAAUUAUCUCAAGACGCCGAGUGUUUCCUCUUCCUCUUCCUCCUCUUCCUCCUCCAGCUGCAGCGAAACUGAGAGGGAGCGGCAGAGUCCGGGAACGGGGCCCUGGUGGGACGGCGGACAAGAUUUGUAUCAAGGGCCAGGUGUGGAUGAGUCUGGGAGACAGAAGGAAACACACCCCAGGAAAGUGGGGAAGAGCCCACGGGUGGGACUUCCUUCGGAGGAGGAAGUGGAGCUCCCACCUCCGGCAUCCCCUCUCCGCAGCCUGCAGAACGGCUUGAAGGACCUCGCUGGGGGUCCACCCCCUCAUCACAAAGUCCAUUCAUCCAAAUCUGCUGGAACUCAGCCUGAAUUAAGUCCUGAAGGCGUCAGAGGCAAUGGAUGCGAUCUAGAGAGAUGCCACAAAGAAACUGCAUCGGCCACAUCUGGUCCUUUGAGUAGUUCCUCCACAUUGAUCCAGAACUCCUUGGUGGAAAGAGACGCUGAGCGCCGGAACCUGGGACUCCAUGCUCAAGAAUCGGCGACUGAAAGCAACCCCCUCCAAGGCCUGAUCCAAUGCCUGAAGGAGAUCUCCACAAGGGGCCCCAGCCCCGGAUCCCGGUCAGUCAGCAGCUCUCCGGCCAGUAAGGCCCAAAGAGAGCCAAGGCACGGACAAGCGGAUGAAGGAGAGAAGGAGGAAGAGCUGGGAGAAGAAAGAGAAGAAUUCCAUGCCCGGAAAGAUCUAGCGGAGAACGUGAAGGAAAAUCCCAGAAUUGUAGUAGACUUGUUAUUCCCAAGGAGGCCUUCGAAGAGGACGCCAUCCCCUGAAGUUGGCAGCAGCCACAAAAGUGCCAACCCCACAGUGAUGUCCACCUGUGGCUCCAAAGGAAAUGAACAUCCGUGCACCAGGAGUCGGACUUCACCUGCACCGAAGCCUUGCGUGCCAGAAUGGAGCGGUUCCAGCUCACCCAAAAGCGGAGAGAAAAGUCCCUUGACAACAGAUGCCAACCCCACCGUGAGGUCCACCUGUGGCCCCAAAGGAAAUGAACAUCCGUUCUCCAGGAGUCAAACUUCACCUGCACCGAAGCCUUGCGUGCCGGAAUGGAGUGGAUCCAGCUUAACCAAAAGUGGAGAGCAAAGUCCCUUGGUGACAGACAGUGUCGACAACAGCCCAGCUUCGGUGGCAACGUCCUGCAGCUUCGAACCACGAACCGAGCCAGGAAACCCUUCGAAGAAAAGGUGUCCCGACUCGUCUCCGUCCCAAAACAGUUGGGGAAACGGGGGCGAAGUGCAUCGGGCCGAGCUGGGCCCCGUUUUGUCCGAGACACUGGGCCGGCUCUCCGCGGACAUGAGCGCAGUGUCGCGAGACGUCUCCCGGCUGCAGAGCCACCUGGAGCAGCUGGAACAGGAUGCCCGUGGUUGGGUGCUGGAGCUGGCCUCUCUCCGGAUGGAGAAUCGCAGCCUCUGCGAGUACGCCCGGCAGACGGAGGCCCGCUGCCGCACCCUGGAGAGCCGCUCCCGCCGCAACAACCUGCGAGUGCUGGGCUUGCCGGAGGGUGCCGAGGGUGGGGAUGCCGUCUCCUUCUUGCGCCGGACCCUCCUUCCACCAGUGCUGGGGAUGCCCCCGGAGAUCGAGAGCGCCCGAAGGGUCCACGCCACCUCCAGACCCCGACCGCUGGUCUUCCGGCUGCUGCGCUUCGCAGACAAGGCAGCCCUCUUGCAAGCCACACGGUCACGGCCGCUUAGCUUUGCCGGGACUCCGCUUACCCUCGUGCCAGAUGCCUGCCCCUCGUUCUCCCGACGCCACAGGGUCCCCUUCUCAGCCUUCCGGAGACCCCGGUGGGCCCCCGACCUCUGCUUUGCCCCUCGACAUCCAUCCUGUUGCUGCUCCCGGCCUCCCCAUGGUUCGCGGCAACCGACGGCGUGCAACUCCUUAAGCGAGAGGGACAGCAGGGUUUCUAAAGGACCAGGAAAUUGGGAGCCGGAUUCGUUGUCAGGACCAAGGUGCCUCGGCGGGUGUCACGAUGCAGGGAGUGGCAAACAACAUGACCCAUGAUGCUGCUGCACUGCGGUUGGGUCUUGAAGAGCGGAUAGAAGUCGCUCUGUGCUUACAGUAGAUUUGGAAUGAGCAUCUUAGGCUAGAUCUACUUCUCUAUAUCCUAGACAGCGGUUCUCAACCUGGGGGUCGUGACCCCCGGGGGGUCGCUGGGCCAUUUUCUGGGGGUCGCGAAGGCACCUUGGUUGGCCUCGAACCCUCCGCCUCCUCAAAAUGGCUGCCGGCCCCUGUGCCAGGGAAACAGCCAGGCUUUCCAGGUCAGCUCCUCCACCUCCUGUUCCCACAGGGCGUGAGGGUCGAGAGGAAUCAUAGAAUCAAAGAGUUGAAAGAGACCUCCUGGGCCAUCCAGUCCAACCCCAUUCUGCCAAGAAGCAGGAAUAUUGCAUUCAAAUCACCCCUGACAGAUGGCCAUCCAGCCUUUGUUUAAAAGCUUCCAAAGAAGGAGCCUCCACCACACUCCGGGGCAGAGAGUUCCACUGCUGAACAGCUCUCACAGUCAGGAAGUUCUUCCUCAUGUUCAGAUGGAAUCUCCUCUCUUGUAGUUUGAAGCCAUUGUUCCUUGUCCUAAUCUCCAUGGAAGCAGAAAACAAGCUUGCUCCCUCCUCCCUGUGGCUUCCUCUCACAUAUUUAUACAUGGCUAUCAUAUCUCCUCUCAGCCUUCUCUUCUUCAGGCUAAACAUGCCCAGCUCCUUAAGCCGCUCCUCAUCGGGCUUGUUCUCCAGACCCUUGAU